UCUCUGCUCUGCCCGCGGGACUGCAGCAGCGGCGGCAGCGGCGGCGGGAGCAGGCGGACGCGCAGGAUGAGGCUGCGGCUUCUGGUGGCCGCGCUCUGCGCUGGGAUCCUGGCAGGGGCGCCACGAGUGCGAGCCCAGCACAGGGAGAGAGUGACCUGCACGCGCCUUUACGCCGCUGACAUUGUGUUCUUACUGGAUGGCUCCUCAUCCAUUGGCCGCAGCAAUUUCCGCGAAGUCCGCAGCUUUCUCGAAGGGCUGGUGCUGCCUUUCUCUGGAGCAGCCAGUGCUCAGGGUGUGCGCUUUGCCGCAGUGCAAUACAGUGAUGACCCACGGACAGAGUUUGGCCUGGAUGCACUUGGCUCUGGGGGUGAUGUGAUCCGUGCCAUCCGUGAGCUCAGCUACAAGGGGGGCAACACUCGCACAGGGGCUGCUAUUCUCCAUGUGACUGAUCGUGUCUUCCUGCCCCAGCUGGCCCGACCUGGCGUCCCCAAGGUCUGCAUCCUGAUCACAGAUGGGAAGUCCCAGGACCUGGUGGACACAGCUGCCCAAAGGCUGAAAGGGCAGGGGGUCAAGCUAUUUGCUGUGGGGAUCAAGAAUGCCGACCCUGAGGAGCUGAAGCGAGUUGCCUCACAGCCCACCAAUGACUUCUUCUUCUUCGUCAACGACUUCAGCAUCUUGAGGACCCUACUGCCCAUUGUUUCCCGGAGAGUGUGCAGGACUGCUGGUGGCGUGCCUGUGACCCGGCCUCCGGAUGACUCGACCUCUGCUCCACGGGACCUAAUGCUGUCUGAGCCAAGCAGCCAAUCCUUGAGAGUACAGUGGACAGCGGCCAGUGGCCCUGUGACUGGCUACAAGGUCCAGUACACUCCUCUGACAGGACUGGGACAGCCACUGUCGAGCGAGCGGCAGGAGGUGAACGUCCCAGCUGGUGAGACCAGCGUGCGGCUGCAGGGUCUCCGGCCACUGACCGAGUACCAAGUGACGGUGGUUGCCCUCUAUGCCAACAGCAUCGGGGAGGCUGUGAGCGGGACAGCUCGGACCACUGCCCUGGAGGGGCCAGAGUUGACCAUCCAGAAUACCACAGCCCACAGCCUCCUGGUGGCCUGGCAGAGUGUGCCAGGUGCCACUGGCUACCGCGUGACAUGGCGAGUCCUCAGUGGUGGGGCCACUCAGCAGCAGGAGCUGGGCCCUGGGCAGGGUUCAGUGUUGCUGCGUGCCUUAGAGCCUGGCACAGACUAUGAAGUGACCGUCAGCACCCUGUUUGGCCGCAAUGUGGGGCCUGCCACAUCCCUCACGGCUCGCACUGACACUUCUGUGGAGCAGAACCUGCGCCCAGUCAUCCUGGGCCCCACAUCCAUCCUCCUGUCCUGGAACUUGGUGCCUGAGGCCCGUGGCUACCGGUUGGAAUGGCGGCGUGAGAGUGGCUUGGAGCCACCGCAGAAGGUGGUUGUGCCCUCUGAUGUGACCCGCUACCAGUUGGAUGGGCUGCAGCCAGGCACUGAGUACCGCCUCACACUCUACACUCUGCUGGAGGACCGCGAGGUGGCCACCCCCGCCACCGUGGUUCCCACUGGGCCAGAGCUGCCUGUGGGCCCUGUGACGGAACUGCAAGCCACUGAGCUGCCCGGGCAGCGGGUGCGAGUGUCCUGGAGCCCAGUCCCCGGUGCCACCGGGUACCGCAUCACAGUGCGCAGCACCCAGGGGGUUGAGCGGACUCUGGUGCUUCCGGGGAGUCAGACAGUCUUCGACCUGGAUGACAUUCGGGCUGGGCUUAGCUACACUGUGCGGGUGUCUGCUCGAGUGGGUCCCCGUGAGGGCACUGCCAGUGUCCUCACCGUCCACCGGGAGCUGGAUACCCCACUGGCUGUUCCAGGGCUGCGAGUUGUGGUGUCAGAUGCAACGCAAGUGAGGCUGGCCUGGGGACCCGUCCCUGGAGCCAGUGGAUUUCGGAUUAGCUGGAGGACAGGCAGUGGUCCAGAAUCCAGCCAGAUACUGCCCCCAGACUCUACUGCCACAGACAUCACAGGGCUGCAGCCUGGAACUGCCUACCAGGUGGCUGUGUUGGCACUGCGAGGGAGAGAAGAGGGCCCCCCUGCAGUCAUUGUGGCUCGAACGGACCCACUGGGCCCAGUGAGGACAGUCCGUGUGACUCAGACCGGCAGCUCAUCUGUCACCAUUGCCUGGACCAGGGUUCCUGGCGCCACAGGAUACAGGGUUUCCUGGCAUUCAGCCCAUGGCCCAGAGAAAUCCCAGCUGGUUUCUGGGGAGGCCACAGUGGCUGAGCUGGAUGGACUGGAGCCAGAUACUGAGUACACGGUGCAUGUGAGGGCCCAUGUGGCUGGUGUGGAUGGGUCCCCUGCCUCUGUUGUUGUGCGGACAGCCCCUGAGCCUGUGGGCCGUGUGUCAAGGCUGCAGAUCCUCAAUGCUUCCAGCGACGUUCUGCGGAUCACCUGGGUAGGGGUCACUGGAGCCACAGCUUACAGACUGGCCUGGGGCCGGAGUGAAGGUGGCCCCAUGAGACACCAGAUACUCCCAGGAAACACAGACUCUGCAGAGAUCCGGGGUCUCGAAGGUGGAGUCAGCUACUCAGUGCGAGUGACUGCACUUGUUGGGGACCGCGAGGGUGCACCUGUCUCCAUUGUCGUCACCACACCACCUGAGGCACCGCCAGCCCUGGGGACACUUCAGGUGGUGCAGCGUGGGGAGUACUCACUGAGGCUGCGCUGGGAGCCGGUGCCGGGAGCUCAGGGCUUCCUUCUGCGCUGGCAACCCGAAGGUGGCCAGGAACAGUCCCGGGUCCUGGGGCCCGAGCUCAGUAGCUAUCAUCUGGAUGGGCUGGAGCCAGCGACACAGUACCGCGUGAGACUGAGUAUCCUGGGGCCAGCUGGAGAAGGGCCCCCCGCGGAGGUGACUGUGCAUACUGAGUCACCUCGUGUUCCAAGCACUGAACUACGUGUGGUGGGCACCUCGAUUGACUCCGUGACUUUGGCCUGGACACCAGUGUCCGGGGCAUCCAGCUAUAUCCUAUCCUGGCGGCCACUCAGAGGCCCUGGCCAGGAAGGGGCCCCACAGACACUUUCAGGGAUCUCAAGGUCCCAGCAGGUGACAGGGCUAGAGCCCGGCGUCUCUUAUGUCUUCUCCCUGACACCUGUCUUGGAUGGUGUGCGGGGUCCUGAGGCAUCUGUCACACAGAUGCCAGUGUGCCCCCGUGGCCUGGCAGAUGUGGUGUUCUUACUGCAUGCCACUCAAGACAAUGCUCACCGUGCGGAGGCUACGAGGCGGGUCCUGGAGCGUCUGGUGGUGGCACUUGGGCCUCUUGGGCCACAGGCAGUUCAGGUUGGCCUGCUGUCCUACAGUCACCGGCCCUCCCCACUGCUCCCGCUGAACGGCUCCCAUGACCUUGGCAGUAUCUUGCAAAAGAUCCGUGACAUCCCCUACAUGGACCCAAGUGGGAACAACCUGGGCACAGCCGUGGUCACAGCUCACAGAUACCUGUUGGCACCAGAUGCUCCUGGGCGUCGCCAGCACGUACCAGGGGUGAUGGUUCUGCUAGUGGACGAACCCUUGAGAGGUGACAUAUUCAGCCCCAUCCGGGAGGCCCAGGCUGCUGGGCUCCACGUGGUGAUGUUGGGAAUGGCUGGAGCGGACCCAGAGCAGCUGCGUCGCUUGGCACCGGGCGUGGACCCUGUCCAGACCUUCUUUGCCGUGGAUGACGGGCCAAGCCUGGACCGGGCUGUCAGCGGUCUGGCGGCAGCCCUGUGUCAGGCAUCCUUCGCUCCUCAGCCCCGGCCAGAGCACUGCCCGGUGUAUUGUCCAAAGGGCCAGAAGGGGGAACCUGGAGAAAUGGGCCUGAGAGGACAAGUUGGGCCUCCUGGCGACCCUGGCCUCCCGGGCAGUACCGGUGCUCCUGGCCCUCAGGGGCCCCCUGGAAGUACCAUUGCUAAGGGCGAGAGGGGCUUCCCUGGAGCAGAUGGGCGCCCAGGCAGUCCUGGCCGCCCAGGGACUCAUGGGACCCCUGGAGCCCCUGGCCUAAAGGGCUCCCCAGGGCUGCCUGGCCCUCGUGGGCAACCGGGAGAGCAAGGACCUCGAGGCCCAAAGGGGGAGCCGGGGCCUCCCGGACAAGUCACUGGAGGCCAAGGACCUGGGCUUCCCGGGCGGAAAGGGGACCCUGGACCAUCGGGCCCCCCUGGACCUCUUGGACCACAGGGGGACCCAGGACCCCGUGGCCCCCCAGGGCUACCUGGAACAGCUGUGAAGGGUGACAAAGGCGACCGUGGGGAGCGGGGUCCCCCUGGACCAGGUGAAGGUGGCAUUGCUCCCGGGGAGCCCGGGCUGCCGGGUCUUCCGGGAAACCCUGGACCCCAAGGCCCUGUUGGCCCCCCUGGAGAGAAAGGAGAAAAAGGUGACUCUGAGGAUGGAGCUCCAGGUCUCCCAGGACAACCUGGGUCUCCGGGUGAGCAGGGCCUACGGGGACCUCCUGGCACUACUGGCCCCAAAGGUGAUCGGGGCUUUCCAGGGCCUCUGGGGGAGGCUGGAGAGAAGGGCGAACGUGGACCCCCAGGCCCCGCGGGAUCCCGGGGGCUGCCUGGGGUUGCUGGACGUCCUGGAGCCGAGGGUCCUGAAGGACCACCAGGACCCACCGGCCGCCAAGGAGAGAAGGGGGAGCCUGGUCGCCCUGGGGACCCUGCAGUGGUGGGACCUGCUGUUGCUGGACCCAAAGGAGAAAAGGGAGAUGCGGGGCCUGCUGGGCCCAGAGGAGCUACCGGAGUCCAAGGGGAACGGGGCCCACCCGGCCUGGUUCUUCCUGGAGACCCUGGCCCCAAGGGAGACGCCGGAGACCGGGGUCCCACUGGACUCACUGGAAGAGCAGGACCCCCAGGUGACUCAGGGCCUCCUGGAGAGAAGGGAGACCCUGGGCGGCCUGGAGCCCCAGGACCUGUUGGCCCCCGAGGACGAGACGGUGAAGUUGGAGAGAAAGGUGACGAGGGUCCUCCGGGUGACCCGGGUUUGCCUGGAAAACCUGGCGAGCGUGGCCUUCGGGGGGCACCUGGAGUUCGGGGGUCUGUGGGUGAGAAGGGAGACCAGGGAGAUCCUGGAGAGGAUGGACGAAAUGGCAGCCCUGGACCAUCUGGAUCCAAGGGUGACCGUGGGGAGCCGGGUCCCCCAGGACCCCCAGGACGGCUGGUAGACACAGGACCUGGAGCCAGAGAGAAGGGAGAGCCUGGGGACCGCGGACAAGAGGGUCCUCGAGGGCCCAAGGGUGACCCUGGCCCGCCUGGACCCCCUGGGGAGAGGGGCGUUGAUGGGCUUCGGGGACCCCCAGGCCCACAGGGGGACCCUGGUGUCCGAGGCCCAGCAGGAGAAAAGGGUGACCGGGGCUCCCCUGGGCUGGAUGGCCGGAGCGGGCUGGAUGGGAAACCAGGAGCCCCCGGGUCCCCUGGGCUGAACGGUGCUACGGGCAAAGCCGGGGACCCGGGGAGAGAUGGGCUUCCAGGCCUCCGUGGAGAACAGGGCCCCCCUGGCCCCUCUGGUCCCCCUGGAUUACUGGGAAAGCCAGGCGAGGAUGGCAAACCUGGCCUGAAUGGGAAAAACGGAGAGCCUGGGGAUCCUGGAGAAGACGGGAGGAAGGGAGAGAAAGGAGAGUCAGGUGCCCCUGGGAGAGAAGGUCGUGACGGUCCCAAGGGUGAGCGUGGACCUCCUGGUAUCCUUGGACCCCAGGGCCCUCCAGGCCUCCCAGGACCAGUAGGCCCUCCUGGCCAGGGUUUUCCUGGCAUCCCAGGAAGCACCGGCCCUAAGGGUGACCGUGGGGAGACUGGAUCCAAAGGGGAGCAGGGCCUCCCUGGAGAGCGCGGCCUGCGAGGAGAGCCUGGAAGCCCGCAGAAUGUGGAGCGGUUGCUGGAAACUGCUGGCAUCAAGGUGUCUGCCCUGCGGGAGAUCGUAGAGACCUGGGACGAGAGCUCUGGCAGCUUCCUGCCUGUGUCUGAACGGCGUCGAGGCCCCAAGGGGGACCCGGGCGAGCGAGGCCCCCCAGGGAAGGAGGGCCCCAUUGGCUUUCCUGGAGAACGCGGGCUGAAGGGAGACCGUGGAGACCCUGGCCCUCAGGGGCCACCCGGCCUGGCCCUUGGGGAGAGGGGCCCCCCUGGACCUCCUGGCCUUGCCGGGGAGCCUGGAAAGCCUGGUAUUCCCGGGCUCCCAGGCCAGGCUGGGGGUGUGGGAGAGGCAGGAAGGCCAGGAGAGAGGGGAGAACGGGGAGAGAAAGGAGAACGUGGAGAACAGGGCAGAGAUGGGUCUCCUGGCCUCCCUGGAAUCCCUGGGCCCCCUGGACCUCCUGGCCCCAAGGUGGCUGUGGAUGGGCCAGGUCCUGGAGUUUCUGGAGAACAGGGACCCCCUGGACUCAAGGGUGCUAAGGGGGAGCCGGGCAGUGAUGGUGACCAAGGUCCAAAAGGAGACAGGGGUGUGCCAGGUGUCAAGGGAGACCGGGGAGAGCCUGGACUGAGGGGUCAGGAUGGCAACCCAGGUCUACCAGGAGAGCGCGGUGUGGCUGGGCCUGAAGGGAAACCGGGUCUGCAGGGUCUAAGAGGCCCCCCUGGCCCAGAGGGUGGCCGUGGAGACCCUGGACCGCCUGGUGCCCCGGGUCUUGCUGGCCCUGCAGGACCCCAGGGACCCUCUGGCCUGAAGGGGGAGCCUGGAGAAACAGGACCCCCAGGACGGGGCCUGCCUGGACCUACCGGAGCUGUGGGGCUUCCUGGUCCCCCUGGGCCUUCAGGCCUUGUGGGUCCACAGGGGUCUCCAGGUUUGCCUGGACAAGUGGGGGAGACAGGGAAGCCGGGAGCCCCAGGUCGAGACGGUACCAGUGGAAAAGACGGAGACAGAGGGAGCCCUGGGGUGCCGGGGUCACCAGGUCUGCCCGGCCCUGUCGGACCUAAGGGAGAACCUGGCCCUCCGGGGGCCCCUGGACAGGCUGUGGUUGGGCUCCCUGGAGCAAAGGGAGAGAAGGGUGCCCCUGGAGGCCUUGCUGGAGACCUGGUGGGUGAGCCGGGAGCCAAAGGUGACCGAGGACUGCCAGGGCCGAGAGGCGAGAAGGGCGAAGCUGGCCGUGCAGGGGAACCCGGAGACCCUGGGGAAGACGGUCAGAAAGGGGCUCCAGGACCCAAAGGUUACAAGGGUGAUCCAGGAGUUGGGGUCCCAGGCUCCCCUGGGCCACCUGGCCCUCCAGGUGUGAAGGGAGAUCCGGGCCCCCCUGGUGCCCCUGGUGCUCCUGGUGUUGUUGGAUUUCCAGGUCAGACAGGCCCUCGAGGAGAGAUGGGUCAGCCAGGCCCUAGCGGAGAGCGGGGUCUGGCAGGACCCCCAGGGAGAGAAGGAGUCCCAGGCCCCUUGGGGCCACCUGGACCACCGGGGUCAGUGGGACCACCUGGGGCCUCUGGACUCAAAGGAGACAAGGGAGACCCUGGAGCAGGGCUGCCCGGGCCCCGAGGCGAGCGCGGGGAGCCAGGUGUCCGGGGUGAAGAUGGCUACCCCGGCCAGGAGGGACCCCGAGGACUCACGGGGCCCCCUGGCAGCCGGGGAGAGCGUGGAGAGAAGGGUGAUGCUGGAACCGCAGGAUUAAAGGGCGACAAGGGAGACUCGGCUGUGAUCCUGGGGCCACCGGGUGCCAAGGGGGACAUGGGUGAACGAGGGCCCCGGGGCUUGGACGGUGACAAAGGACCUCGGGGCGACAAUGGGGACCCUGGUGACAAGGGCAGCAAGGGAGAGCCUGGUGACAAGGGCUUGGCUGGGUCACCAGGACUUCGUGGACUCCCGGGACCCCAGGGUCAACCUGGUGCAGUAGGGAUCCCUGGUGACCCGGGAUCCCCAGGAAAGGAUGGAGUGCCUGGUAUCCGAGGAGAAAAAGGAGAUAUUGGCUUCAUGGGUCCCCGGGGCCUCAAGGGUGAACGGGGGGUGAAGGGAGCCUGUGGCCUUGACGGAGAGAAGGGAAACAAGGGAGAAGCUGGUCCCCCAGGUCGCCCCGGGCUGGCAGGACACAAAGGAGAGACGGGGGAGCCUGGUGUGCCGGGCCAGUUGGGGUCCCCUGGCAAGGAGGGCCUGAUCGGUCCCAAGGGCGACCGAGGCUUUGAUGGGCAGCCAGGCCCCAAAGGUGACCAGGGUGAGAAAGGGGAACGGGGACCCCCAGGAAUUGGGGGCUUCCCAGGCCCCAGGGGCAAUGAUGGUUCUGCUGGUCCCCCGGGGCCACCUGGCAAUAUUGGUCCCAGAGGCCCCGAAGGACUUCAGGGCCAGAAGGGUGAGCGAGGUCCCCCUGGAGAGAGAGUAGUGGGGGCUCCUGGGGCCCCUGGAGCCCCUGGCGAGAGAGGGGAGCAGGGGCGGCCAGGGCCUGCUGGCGCCCGAGGUGAGAAAGGAGAAGCUGCACUGACGGAGGAUGACAUACGGGGCUUUGUGCGCCAGGAGAUGAGUCAGCACUGCGCCUGCCAGGGUCAGUUCAUCGCAUCUGGAUCGCGACCCCUCCCUAGUUAUGCUGCAGACACCGCGGGAUCCCAGCUCCAUGCUGUACCUGUGCUCCGGGUCUCUCAUGCAGAGGAGGAAGAGCGGGCGCCGCCACAGGACGAUGAGUACUCUGAAUACUCUGAGUAUUCUGUGGAGGAGUACCAAGACCCUGAGGCCCCUUGGGAUGAUGAUGACCCCUGCUCCCUGCCGCUGGAUGAGGGUUCCUGUACCGCCUACACCCUGCGCUGGUAUCAUCGGGCUGUGCCAGGUGGCACAGAGGCCUGUCAUCCUUUUGUCUAUGGUGGCUGUGGAGGGAAUGCCAACCGUUUUGGGACCCGUGAGGCCUGCGAGCGCCGCUGCCCGCCCCGGGUGGCCCAGAACCAGGAGACAGGUGCUGCCCGGAGCUGAGGCCCAGAUUAUGAGCUGACAUUCAGCGUCCCCUGGAGGAGUCGGGGUCUCCGCAGAACCCUGGUGCCCCUCCUCUUGGUGCUAGAGGCUCGUGUGCACGUGAGCGUGCGUGUGCAUGUCCGUUAUUUCAGUGACUUGGUCCCAUGGGUCUAGCCAUCCCCCCUGUGGACAAACCCCCAUUGUGGCUCCUGCCACCCUGGCAGAUGACUCACUAUGGGGGCUGGCUGUGGGCAGUGAGCGGAUGUGACUGGCGUCUGACCCGCCACUUGACCCAAGCCUGUGAUGACAUGGUGCUGAUUCUAGGGGGCAUUAAAGCUGCUGUUUUAAAAGGC